AUGCUCGACCACUGCUCUAUCUCGCACAGAGGCGGGAUUGUAUUGUGGUCAAAGUCCUUCACGCCGGAAGCGUCUCACCUGGCAUCGUCCUCAGCGUCCCCCGUCAAUUCCCUCAUUCGUGAAGCUCUCAUCGAAGGUCGCACCACUGAUGAAAAGUACGAAAAAGAUGGAUAUGCGGUCAAGUGGACCUUUGUGAACGACCUGGAGCUGAUUUUCGUUGUCGCAUACCAGCGCAUCCUCCAACUGACAUACGUUGAUGAACUUCUGGUUGCCCUCAAGACUCUCUUCCUGAAAAUGUUCGAACCGUUUUUGGCGACAUUUGUAACGUCUCUUCACAAGGUCAAUGCUAAGACGACGUCAACGAAAGAGGGUUCAAUGACCUGGAAUUUUUCAAAAGUAUUUGAACGAUGGGACCAGGUAUUCGACAAGCUGUUGAGGGAACUUGAAGACAAAGAUCGAAAAUCAAGGAGCCGCGCCCCCGUCCGACCUGUCGUCUCAGUAGAACCAAGCCCACCCUCGGAUGAUCCGAGCACAGUCCCUUCUCAGCCGACAGAUAACCCACAAGAUGAGCAGCAGAUUGCUCGCAAUGUUCAGGCUCUGAGGAACCGAUUACGGGGCCGUGGGGCCAGGCGUGGCGGGCGAGGUGGGGGCAGAGUUGCGCAAUCAAGCUUAUCGACCUCCGAUUCUGAGGCUCCUAGCAAGCGACACACCAAAGCGAAGACAGGUCGCAAGUGGGGAGAUGAAGAGAUCACCGAACAGGACAUGAAUACCUUUGAUUACAGUGUAGACAAGCCUGUCGACGGAGAUGUCAGAAAGCCUGAUCUGGCGGCGCUCGUCGAUAAAACCUCUCUAGGUCAUGUCCGAGCAGAUGGGAUGUAUGAGGUCAAGGACUGGGAAUUCGACGUCACCGAUGAUAUAUUCAAGCCUGCCGAAAACAAGAAAAUGAAUGCUACAUCUGGAUCACUGGGUGCUUUGGGUUCAUUGUUCGCACGGCUGACGGGUUCGAAGGUGUUGACUGAGGCAGAUCUCAAACCUGUCCUCGAUGGAAUGAAACAGCAUCUGAUGAAAAAGAAUGUUGCCAAGGAAAUUGCGGAUAAGGUCUGUGAGGGUGUUGGAGAGAGCUUGGUAGGCAAGAGGGUUGGUGGUUUCCAAACAACGAAUGCGGCUGUUCGCCUUGCGCUUUCAACGUCUUUAACACGUAUCUUAACACCUAAAACAUCUACCGACCUCCUUCUUUCUAUUCGUAACAAGGUUACCGCUCCCGUCCCAUCUAAUCACCAGCGCGCACCAUACUCGAUUACUUUCGUCGGCGUCAAUGGUGUCGGUAAAAGCACGAACCUAUCCAAAGUUUGUUUUUGGCUGAUUCAAAAUGGACUGCGGGUCUUGAUUGCCGCCUGUGAUACCUUCAGGAGUGGCGCAGUGGAACAACUAAGGGUACACGUUCGUAACCUCAGCAUGCUAGGUGUAGACGGCGCCACGAAUAGCAAGGCCAGAGUGGAGCUUUUUGAGCGUGGAUAUGGUAAGGACGCCGCAGGAAUAGCACGGGAAGCUAUUACAUACGCUAAGGAUAGCGACUUCGAUGUUGUUUUGAUCGACACUGCAGGUAGAAUGCAGGAUAAUGAGCCUCUCAUGCGUGCUCUAGCCAAGCUUGUUGCGGUCAACAACCCAGACAAAAUCAUCUUUGUUGGUGAAGCGCUUGUGGGCAACGAGGCAGUGGACCAGCUAACGAAGUUUGAUCGAGCUCUGAAAGAUUUCUCGUCUGCAUCUGGUGGAGCGGGAAAGGGUAGAGGUAUUGAUGGCAUGCUUGUCACCAAGUGGGACACGGUGGAUGAUAAGGUCGGUGCAGCGCUGUCGAUGACAUACGUUACCGGGCAACCUAUUAUUUUCGUUGGAUGUGGACAGACGUAUACUGAUCUAAAGCAGCUUAGAGUUGGCAACGUCGUACAGGCCAUUCUUAGUGAUUAA